CAAUUUUCAAAAAAUUACAUCAAAAUCCACCAGCACCAAUAAUGGAGCUCAAAUUGAAGAUAAUACGACUAUUGUUACUCUCUUUGACAUCCAUUUUGUUCAUCAGCAGAACAGUCCGAGCUGGAGAAGAAGUAGAAUAUCUCCGACCUCCGCCGCGUAAGGCCUUUCGUUUGCCAUGGGAUCCAAAAUCUUCCUCUCAACCUCAGCAGGUUCACAUCUCAUUAGCUGGAGACAAACACAUAAGGGUAUCAUGGGUCACAACUGAUAAAUCUUCUCCUUCAAUUGUUGAAUAUGGAACAUCCACUGGAAAAUAUAGUUAUAAAGCUCAAGGAGAAAGUACCAAGUACAGUUACCUGUUUUAUCGUUCCGGGAUGAUACAUCAUACUGUGAUUGGACCAUUGCAAGACAGCACAGUGUAUUUCUACAGAUGUGGUGGAGAAGAUCCGGAGUUCCAGUUCAAAACUCCACCGUCUAAGUUUCCUGUUACUUUUGCAGUGGCAGGAGAUUUAGGCCAAACUGGAUGGACGAAGUCAACUUUAGACCAUAUAGACCAAUGUAAAUAUGAUGUUCAUUUGCUCCCUGGUGACCUUUCUUAUGCUGAUUAUGUUCAACAUAGGUGGGACACAUUUGGUCAACUGGUUCAGCCGCUGGCUAGUGCAAGACCAUGGAUGGUGACUCAAGGGAAUCAUGAAAAAGAAUACAUACCAUUCGUUGUGGAUGAAUUUAUAUCUUACAACUCCAGGUGGAAGAUGCCAUUUGAGGAGAGUGGAUCUACUUCGAAUCUCUACUAUUCAUUUGAUGUUGCUGGGGUUCAUACAAUCAUGCUUGGUUCAUAUACUGAUUAUGAUGACUACUCUGAUCAAUAUCGAUGGCUGCAGGCUGAUCUUCAAAAGGUUGAUCGUAAUAAGACUCCUUGGUUGGUUGUGUUAUUCCAUGUGCCAUGGUAUAACAGUAAUGAGGCUCAUCAAGGUGAAGCUGAUGACAUGAUGACAUCUAUGGAGCCUCUGUUAUAUGCAGCUGGUGCAGAUAUAGUGUUUGCUGGGCAUGUUCAUGCUUAUGAACGCACGCAACGAGUUUAUAAUGGUAAACCUGAUCCUUGUGGUGCUGUCCAUAUAACAAUUGGUGAUGGAGGAAAUAAAGAAGGUUUAGCGCGCAAGUACAAACUACCCCAACCAGAAUGGUCUGUUUUCCGCGAAGCAAGCUUUGGCCAUGGUGAACUUGCGAUAAUUAAUUCAACUCAUGCCUCUUGGAGCUGGCAUAGAAAUGAUGAUGAUGAACCAGUGAGGUCUGAUCAAGUUUCGAUUACCUCGUUGAUUGAUUCAGGAUGCAGCAGCGUUAGAGUCAUGAACUAAGAGAAAUCCUUUGAAGCUCUUAGCUCUACUUGUAACAGAAACCAACUACUUGUUCUUAUUAUUAAGUAAAUUUAGGAGAUAUAUUGAGUAAUGUCUCUUGUGCUCAAACUCAACGUCAAAAACUUGAAGAUGAGAGAUGUAAGUUGAAUACCAUGCCAUAAAAAUUUAACUAAUUGCUCUGUAGAAAACAUCUAUAAUUCAGAAGCUUUAGCAUGAACGUUUACAUGCAACUCGAGUAGUAGUCUAUCAACUACAGGAUUU